AUGAAGCACCAAUCACGGAAGUUUAUCGACCUCAUCCAAGCCAUUACAUCCAAGUGGGCCAACUGGGAUCCAACAAAACCAAUCCAUGUGGGCGACUAUGGAAUGAUCAACAAGAAAACUGGAGAAUUCGAUUGUGAAGGGAACAUUUACACAACAAAGGACAUUGUCGAUAUUGACAUGACGGAUCCUGCACUACGUCCCGUAGAAACGGGAGAGGACGAUAAAUUCAUCGUCACAUCGUGGGGUGUCACUACCAAGGAAUUCAGCAAAACUGCUAAAGUCUCCGUGCCUGGUGCAGAGAAUGUCGCCCUCAAAGUCGGAUUUCAGUACGAUGGUAGGAAACGAGGAGCUGGGCUGGCCAUGUACAAGUCAAGACAUAUCAGCCUUCCCAAUGAUGAGCGCAUCGUCAGGCUGCUCAAGUCUAGAUCUCAAGUCCUCAAAGGGAAGCACGUCGUCACCGAAGUGAUAUGUUGCGCAGCAUAUGCGAUGUAUAUGUCUACCAAUAGAGUAGAAAGAUUUUUCAGACCACGUCAAGCCACCGGCGGGCUUAUCUGGUCUUCAGAGACUAACCAUGGUAUCUACCGUGAAGGAAGCGACUCGAACACAAAAUAUAUGCCCUUGUACAGGCUAAAUAAGUCUGGUACUUAG